AUGAAUCCAACAAUACCAGGCUUUGACAUGGCCUCAUUCCAUCCAGAAAUAAUGCAAGCCUGGCUUUACACCAACACAACAGGCGGAAUGGAAAAGAAUCUUCACCUCGACACAUCAGCACGCACACCCCCGCCCCCUAAGGGCAACGAAAUCCUCGUGAAAGUCAUCUCAGCUGCACUAAACCCAGCAGACUAUAAGCUCCCCGAGCUAGGCAUUCCCUUUCGCAUGCUGAUAGGCACACCUGCAACGCCCGGCAUGGACUUCUGCGGACGCGUAGUCAGCACCGGACCACUUGCCACGCAUCUCAAAGAAGACACGCUAGUCUACGGGUGUUCGAGCCGACCGGUCCAAUUUGGCUCGGCUGCUGAGUACAUCGUCAUCUCGUCGGACAGCGUUUCCAUUGUACCCGAUGGUGUUUCGGUUGACCAUGCCGCUGCAAUGGGUGUUGCGGGGCAGACAGCGUACCAGAGUUUAGUGGGCUACGUGAAAGCUGGAAAUAAGGUAUUGAUUAAUGGCGGUUCCGGUGGAUGUGGAGUGUUUGCUAUCCAGAUUGCGAAGGCGAUGGGGUGUCAUGUUACGACUACAUGCUCGACACGGAAUAUGGAGUUGUGUUUGAGGCUUGGAGCGGAUGCUGUGAUUGAUUAUACAGCCGAAGAGGAUUUGGUUGCGAAAUUACAGCAGCUUGGGGUUGCGUUUGAUCAUAUUGUGGAUCAUGUUGGGCUUCCUGACAAUCUUUACUACCAAUGUCAUCUUUUCUCCAAGGACGAGGCGACGUUCGUGCAGGUGGGCGCUUCGUCGAUGUUGACGUUUGUGGCGAGACUUGGGUGGCCCUCUUUCUUGGGUGGUGGAAGAAGGAAGUAUGUCACUUUAAUGCCGACGAUCGAUCAGAAGCGCUUAGCACAGUUGGGAGAAUGGGUGGCUGAUGGAACUAUCACGAUGCAGUUGGAUAGUGUGUUUGAAUUCUGCGAUGCUGUGAAGGCCUAUGAGAGGCUUCGGUCAGGCCGAUCUAGGGGUAAGAUCGUUCUGCAUGUGAGCGAUCCAUCUGCUCGGAACAUGGAGCCCUUUGGGAUUGGCCUUUGA